CUCUUCUCCACCACAGCGUCAACGCAUGCCAUUGUACAUUAAUGCGUUUCUCCUGCUUAUUGUCCUCACCCGUCUAGACCCCUCCUUUUCUUCUGCAGCCGUUCUUUCCCGGAGUUGUAGUGAUUUGCCCGAAUAUGGCCGCUAACAGUAAUGACGCUGUUAAGAAUGCAGACGUCGCCAAGGCGCCUGCUGCCGAGCAGAAUGCGGACAGUCAGGUCGAGCAGGGUGUGGUUGAGGAAAGCGUAGACGAGGGCGCCGAGGGCCAGCAGCCAGACAACAUCUUCCAGGUCAACAUCAAGCUCCCCAACGAGCCCUUUGAGAUGCCCAUGACAAUUUCCACAGCCGAACAGGUGCAAGACCUGCGUCAGUCCAUCAUCGAGUUACCGCACACCUUCCAGUACUCGUGCUUCCAUCUGGAGCACGAGGGCAAGCGCAUCAACGACUACGUCGAGCUGUCUGAGGUCGAGGGCCUCAAAGCUGAGUCGGUCAUGGACCUGGUGCAGGACCCAUACACGGAGAAGGAGGCCAGGUUACACGUCAUUCGCAUUCGCGAGCUCAUUGGCGCUGCUGGCGACCGCGUCGAUACCCUACAUGGCAUAACGGCUGGUCUGUCGCUGCAUGACACUGUCGGGCUCGAUCAGACAGGCAAAGCAAGCGAGGAUGGCCCCGAGCAGUCACCACUGGCCGACUACGACUUCAAGUCUUCAGGGGACGUAAAGACUCUCCUGCCUCCAGCACAAGACCCCGCCCCAAAGACGAUAAAAGCCAUUGCCGUCUCACCAUGGAACCCGCCACCAUACCAUCUGCGGUCAAAGGGCCACCUCCUCUACCUGGUGGUGACGACCAACGAAAACGAGCAGCAUCACAUCACCUCCCACGUCUCGGGCUUCUACGUCAACAAGUCGUCCAACGCCAGCUUCGAUCCUUUCCCACGACAGGCACCAAAAGCCCGACAAGCGCACUCGCUCCUCACCCUCCUCGAGGAGCUGUCGCCCUCCUUCCGCACUUCGUUCCAGGACUUGCUCCAGCACAACGCAAAGAAGGAGUUGCUCACCAUCUUUCAGCUCUCAAACGCCAUUCCCGCGAACCCUUGGUUGGUUCCCGCACCAACCUCGUCGCUCACUACACAUCAACCCGAUCUGGCGCGGACACAGGAGAGCUAUUUGAUCUCCGGUGUCGAGAACACCGAGACCCUCCGCGACUGGAAUGAAGAGUUUCAGUCCACGCGGGAGAUGCCCAAGGAGGCAGUUCACGACCGCGUUUUCCGCGAGCGUCUCACCUCCAAACUGUUUGCUGACUACAACGACGCGGCGACUCGCGGAGCUAUGCUGGUCGCUCGUGGAGAAAUCGCGCCUCUGAAUCCUACAGAAGCAAGAGAUGCGCAAAUCUACGUCUACAACAACAUCUUCUACUCCUUCGGCGCUGACGGUGUUGGCACUUUCGGUACCGAAGGUGGUGACGAGGCCGCUCGCGUGGCGGUUGGCAAGGAUGUUGUCGGUGUACGCGCGGUCAACAACCUGGAUAUUCCCAAUCUCUUCACGUCUGGAACGGUCGUCGUCGACUAUCUCGGAAAGCGUAUCGUUGGUCAGAGCAUUGUACCAGGUAUUUUCAAGCAGCGUGACCCUGGGGAGCAUCAGAUCGACUACGGUGCGGUCGAGGGCAAGGAGAUCGUCGCCGAUGACAAGUCAUUCGUUCCGCUGUUCGAAGUGCUUUCAAAAGCAUUGCGAGUCAAGAAGCAUCCCGUAUGGGACAAGGACAAUGUCCGACACGAACUUGAGGGAAGUGUUGAAACCAAGGGUCUCAUUGGUACCGACGGAAGGCGUUAUGCUCUCGAUCUCUAUCGCCUCACACCCCUGGAUGUAUCCUGGAUUGAGGCCUACUGGAGCGAGCCAGGCAAGGACGGCGAGGCGAAGCCGCAAGACAAGGACUACCCUCACCGCAUGGCUACGUUGCGUCCUGAGCUUGUCGAGUCGUAUGGCAGACUGAAGUUGAGAGAGUAUGUCAAGAACGAGCUAGAAAAGAGGACAAACAACAAAGAUGAGACUACCACCAAAGAGGUACCGAAGGAGGACGAGAGCUCUUCUGAGGAGGAAUCUUCGGAGGAAGAAUCUGACUCUGAAGAGGACUCUGAUGAUUCGGAGAAAGAGUCAGAGGCGAAGCCAAAGACGAAGCCAAAGAAGGUCUCCAAGGCAGAGAAGAAGGCUGCGGAGUCCAAGGAAGUGGAAAAGGCUGCGGAGUCUACGGAAGUGGAAAAGAAAGACGAUGCAGCGCCAGAGCCAGAGCCAGAGCAAGACCGCGUCGACAUUUCCGGCUUCUCGUUCGCACUCAACCCAGAUGUCUUUUCUGGUCAGAACCCACAAACGGAGGAGGACAUGAAGGAGUGGGCACAGGAUGAAGCCGAGGUCCGCGCUGCCUGCGAACACCUCUCGUCUGAAGUUAUUCCCCGAAUGAUCCAGGAACUCCACGACGGCGAAGUUGGCUUCCCAAUGGACGGCCAGUCCCUGAGCACUCUCUUGCACAAGCGCGGUGUCAACAUUCGCUAUCUUGGUAAGAUUGCUGAACUUGCAGACAAGCCCGAUCCUCGUCUGCAGGCUCUCAAGCGUCUGGUAGUUCAAGAGAUGAUUGCGCGUGGCUUCAAGCACUUUGCCAAUUCGAAGCUACGCAAUGUCCCAGCACCAUUUGCCGCCCCUUGUAUCGCACACCUUCUCAACUGUCUUCUCGGUGCUGAGGUUAGCGCCAAGCCAGUGGCAGAGAGCGACAGUAGUCUCAAGCCCAUGUACCCCGAGGCCGACUUCAGCUUCGAGGAACUGACGCCUGAGUCAUUGAAGAAGGAGGUGAUUGCUCAAGUUACUCUGCGAUACAGAUACGAUCUGGGCGAGUUGUGGAUCGAGUCUGGCAAACAACUGCAGCUGUUCCGAGAAGUCUCCCUCAAGCUGGGUCUCCAAUUGGAAAGCAAGCAAUACGCUUUCACGAAGGAGGCAUUUGCCAACGGUACUGCUGCUGCUGAGGCUCCUGCUGCCCCACAGACAAACGGACACUCGACAUCGAGCAAGAAGAAGAAGAACAAGCAGGUUGCUUCUCCAGCUCGCGUCGAUAGUCCAGCUGCCAAGCUCGCUCCCCAGACUUUCCACGCUGAUGACGUUCUGAAUGUUGUUCCCGUUAUCAAGGAAGCCUCGCCAAAGAGUCUUCUAGCAGAGGAGGCUUUGGAGGCUGGUCGCAUGUCCGUCGCCCAAGACCAAAAGGAGCUUGGACAGGAGCUUCUCCUUGAGUCGCUCCAACUGCAUGAGCAGAUCUAUGGUGUUCUUCACCCAGAGGUCGCUCGUGCCUACCACACUCUGUCAAAUUUGCUCUUCAACUUGGGUGACAAGCAGUCCGCUCUUGAGCUCGCGCACAAGGCGGUCAUCGUGUCGGAGCGCACUUUGGGUGUUGAUCACGCGGACACAGUAUUGGCCUACCUGAACUUGGGUCUGUUCGAGCACGCCACGGACAACACCAAGAAGGCCCUUGUCUACGUGCGCCACGCGCUCGAGCUGUGGAAGAUCAUCUACGGUGCAGAUCACCCUGACUCUAUCACAACUCUCAACAAUGCUGCCGUGAUGCUCCAGGCCAUGAAGCAAUACCAUGAAUCCCGCAUUUGGUUCGAAGCAUCUCUCGCCAUUUGUGAGGAUGUCUCGGGCAAGACGUCGAUCAACACUGCCACUCUCCUCUUCCAGACUGCUCAGUCGCUCGCGCUUGACAAGGACAUGCGUGGCGCCGUCAACCGCAUGCGCGAGUCGUACACUAUCUUCAAGGAUGUUCUUGGUGCUGAGGACCGCAACACAAAGGAAGCCGAGAGCUGGCUCGAGCAGCUCACACAGAGCGCUGUCGUCCAAGCCAAGCAACUCAAUGAUAUUGCCAAGGGUCGCAUACGCCGCAUCCAGCUCACUGGUAGGAACCCUCUUCGACCAGCGGCUCCUACACCCUCAGCGAGUGAAGUUGCUGCUGCUGCAGGUGGCCAACGCAGUGGCACCGGCCGCAUCGAUCAGCGUAACAUUGAGGAUCUGCUCAAGUACAUCGAGGGCGACGCAGCAAAGACGCCUGCGAAGAAGAGGACACAGACCAACCCCAGGAGGAGGGGCGGCGCACCGAAAUCUUCGUAGAUGUCGCCGAAGGUAAUCCUUUUCGAUGGGAUGCAGCGCGCCUUGUAUGACACGUUAAAAGUUUGAUAUUCGUGCGCUGUGCCAACCGCUUGUACCAACAUUGUUCAUGGUUUAUGAUUUUCAUCUGCACAGCAUCCGCGGGUGCCACUUUGGUGGGCUUUUGUCUUGUACGUUUUCAUUUCGGGUAUUCUUCUUGUUUCGGCUACGAUGGGCAUGUGGGAGUUUGGUCUGUAUGUGCAGAUUUGGGGGUUCGUCAGGUCCCAGCACCUUUUCUUGCUUGUUCAUAGACUCUGAGGCAGAGUACGAAGUGCAUGGUUAACGGGCUUGGACGCAUGGACGAAAAGGUGUAUAUGUACUCGAUAGCAACGCAAAAGGUCUCCCC